UAAUGAAAGCGCUGUCUUUUUUGUUUAAAACAUAUUUCUCAUUUAGUAAUUGAUUUCAAAUAUAGCUAUUUAUUGAUCAUAAAUAAGUUUUGAUAGUAAUAACUUAUAAUAAGUGUAUUACUAAUUGGUUAAUAAACGCAAAACACAAUGAAUUUGUUUCCAUUCAUUCCGCUAUCAAUCGCUGCAUUGUUUGCAUUCAAACUCAUUCUUAUAUAUGUCUUAGCGGUCAGCUAUGGACACGUGAAGCCAGUGUUCCCGUACAUCAGUGAUGCCGGAGCCACACAUCCGGAGGCGGCCUUCUUCUCCAUACUAUUAUAUUUAGAGGGCUUUCUC